GAGCUGGACAGUUUCACCCUCGAGUCGGUCCAGUGCCAGCAAGACUUCGACAAGAAAUUCAUUCACUCUGCGAUUUCUCAGUGGUACGGCAGUCCAGAAGCUUUUGCAGACUAUGUGCGGGGUCCACUGCGGCAAGAGCUUCUUUCAUCGACCGAAGCUGGAUUACCGGCUGCCUACUCCUUCCUGAUCAUCACUCCUCUUUUGAGUCUGGGUGCGGAUACGAUUACUGGGCUGAUCAAAGCUCAUCCGCCGUGGCAGCUCUUGCUGUCCCAGUUCUUCGGGGUUCUGCUUGGCGUGUUUCUUUGCUGGGGCAUGGUGUUGGUGCGGGCGGGCAUUUUUUUGUGCGACCGCUUUGCUGGCCGUUCACGAUCAUGGUUGAUGGACUGCGGCCUAUCACUGCUAGUUUUUCUUGGCUUCGUCCUUACUGCUUUGGCUGGUGUUCAAGGGGCAGUGUAUGCCACCAACGACAGUCUCGGGGCUUCUCUGGUGUGGUUUGCGUCGGUGCUCGUGCUGCUUUGGCUUUCUCACGGUGGCUGGGCGCAAGUUGCGAAGCUGAAGCCAAAGGCCAGCUUCGACAUCAAGGAUCGACCUGACAAGACGGGUGCUGCAACGGUAGAUCGACCUGACAAGACGGGUGCUGCAACGGUAGAUGCCGUGUGA